AUGAGGAGCCUCCUGCGCGUCGCCCUCGGUGGCUGCUCCGCUCCCGCCCUCGGCAGCCUGCUGCAGCCCCCGGUGCCUUCCUCCCGGGUGCCCGCUUCCCGAAUGUUCCGCACCAACCAGGUACUGUGGUCUCAAGCGCCUCUGAAACCAGGAAUUCCUUACAAGCAGCUGACUGUAGGUGUCCCAAAGGAGAUAUUUCAGAAUGAGAAGAGGGUGGCUUUGUCACCGGCCGGGGUUCAAGCUUUGGUUAAACAAGGCUUCAAUGUUGUGGUGGAAUCCGGUGCUGGAGAAGCUUCCAAAUUUUCUGAUGACCAUUACAGAGAAGUAGGAGCAAAGAUCCAGGGGACCAAGGAAGUACUGGCUUCAGAUGUAGUUGUCAAAGUGAGGGCUCCGAUACAUAACCCUGAACUAGGGGUACAUGAAGCAGACCUUUUUAAGACAGCUGCUACCCUGAUUAGUUUUAUCUAUCCAGCUCAAAAUCCAGACCUCCUGAAGAAACUUGCAGAAAAAAAAGCUACUGUCUUGGCCAUGGACCAGGUUCCACGAGUCACCAUUGCUCAGGGAUAUGAUGCACUUAGCUCCAUGGCCAACAUUGCUGGUUACAAGGCUGUUGUGUUGGCAGCAAAUCAUUUUGGUCGUUUUUUCACGGGUCAGAUCACAGCUGCUGGUAAAGUUCCUCCAGCCAAG